GAAAGAGCGAGCGAGCGAGAGACAGAGAGAGAGAGAGAGCGGAAAGAGAGAGAGAGCGAACCAGACUGUAAGAGAGGAGCCUGUGUGCUGGUCUCAGCUCCUAAUCAGCCUCCCUGGGGGAUCUGUCAUCGACUGCAGCAGACGAUCUUCUCCCAUCCCGGCCGUGGCUGCGAUCUUCUCUCACUGCCUCACACAAAUGACGGAAAUGGACGCCCCUCUCGCCACCCCGUGCAAUAUCCAGAUUUGCGAGGUGACCUGCGACUCCUUCCGCAUCAUGUGGGACAUGAGCCCCGAGGACAGCGCCAGAGCCACGCACUUCUUCAUCGACCUGAGCCGCAAAGAGAGCAGAGACCCCAACCGCUUCAAACACAGGGAUGUGCCAACCAAGCUGGUGGCCAAGGCGGUGCCUCUCCCCAUGGCGGUGAGGGGACACUGGUUCCUCAGCCCGCGGACAGAGUACUGCGUCGCUGUCCAGACGGCUGUCCGACAGCCAGACGGAGACUACCUGGUGUCGGAGUGGAGCCAGGUGGUGGAGUUCUGCACCGGGGACUACGCCAUGGAACACCUACAGCAGCUCCUCGACAAGGCCACGGGCUCAGCAGUGAGGCUGCUGAAAUUCUCUGUGUUUUAUCGCAACCAGCACCCAGACUACUUCGACUAUGUCAGAAGGGAAUGCGGAGGCCUGAUGCGUCCGGCCCUGAAAGACAUCAGCGGGAGUCACGGCUCUCCGAUCAACGGCAAACUGCAGGGCGUCUUCUUCAGCUGCAACACAGAGUUUGAUACAGGCCUCCCUCCCCAGGACUCCCCCUACGGCCCGCUGCGUUUCCAGAUCCCCGCUGGACACCUGCUGAACCCCAACAUCUCGCUGUACUUCGCAGACUUCUACUGUAUGUACACAGCGUACCACUACGUGGUGCUGGUGCUGGCUCCCGUGGGCUCAGAGGGAGAUAACUUUUGUCGCACUCGGCUGCCAAUGCUGGACUUGGCGUCCAACCCUUUCCUGACGUACACGGCGCCGCAGACACCGGGGGAGGAGCCUCUGUACUGCCACGCCAGCGACGUCAUCCUGGAGGUGCUUUUCACAGAGCCGGUUCCUUUGGAUCAGGGCGUCGUGGAGCCGAUCCGCGGCCACCACCAGCUCAUGAGCCUGACCACAGCCAACGCCAAGAAAGACCCGAGCUGCAAAGUGUGCAACAUCAGCGUGGGACGCUGAGCGAGAUGUAGGACGGACCGGACAAAUACUGAAAGACAAAACAUUGGAGAACGUGUGUAGGGGGGGGGGGCGGCUUCUGGGGCUCCAGCCCUAAAUGUUUUUCUUUUUUUUUUAAAUAACUUCAACUCUGUGUCAUUUCCACUCUGUCUCUCUGAUUGGACCAAAUCAAUGCAGCAAAAGUUCUGUUACUGGGCAAAUAUAUCGCUGUUCAUUUUGUGAACUCUACUGUAAAUUGGUUUCAAGAUCAGUAGUGCUGUUUACACCAAAUUCCUACCCUACCUACGUUAUAUAACCUAAAAAAUAGUAACAUCAGACGAGGGCUGCAACUAACGAUUGUUUUCAUUAUCGAUGAAGAUGUCGAAUACGUUUGAAAUGAUAUCGGAUCCGAUUCUGAUAGUGAAACGAGUCAUUUUGUGUGUCUGCAAAUAACAAAUAUUGUCAUUGUCAAUUAAUCCGUCGAUUAUUUUCUGGAUUAGGGUUAGAGGAGAGAAGAAACUACAAAAUGUUCCCUUUUAACAAACUGGAAUCUGAGAAUUUGUAGUCUUUUUUUAAAGGAAAAAGUGCGAUUAAUCGAUUAGCAAAAUAGUUUGUCGAUUAAUUCAAUAAUUGACAAACUGAUUAAUCCUUCCGCUCUACAACCUCAACAUUAGUUGUGUGACAGUUAGAUAUAAAACAGGAUGUCGGCUCUACAGGAUGAUUCUUUUCCUCAGCAACUAUCGUGUUUUCCCUACAUGAUGUACAGAUUUUUAGGCAUUUUAUUAUGAAAUGGCUUGAAAAAAGAAUUGUGCAAAUAGCUGCCGUAAAUGGAGCAUGCCCCCGGAACCCCCCCCUUAGAUUUUGGGCUAAGCCCCGAAUGUAUAUAUCUGUCUCCACCCCUGCUUUAGGACACCGUGGAAACAGCCCACCUCUCGGUGCAUGCAUGCUGCUGCCCCUCUUCCUGCCCCCUGCCUGAAAUAGAAUAGUGAGUAUUAAAUAGAAGAUUAACAAUGCGUAUCGCAGAACUGCAUCAUGUUCACAGCUGGAAACACUAUACAUCCGUAACGGCUGAACAAAACAUAAUUAAAGACAUGAUAGAAAGCUUUAGAAGGCUGGAAAAUAUCCGUGCUC